CCCACGUUUUUUUAAAAGGAAGUUUUUGCUUUCAUAAACCAAGAAUGGAAAAACAUUUCUUUUCCCUUUUUGAGAUGCUAACCUGUUUUUAUUCGAGGACUCGUGCUCCGUCUGUAUUGUAUUUCUGGACCAGUCAUGCCAUUCUUGUGUUUUGUGUGGUCGCUGUUUAUCUGCUCACAGUUGGAUCAUUAUUUGCUUUGCGGUCUUGUAGAACAAUGAGGUCAUCAGGGCAAGAAACUGGCCUUUCUGCUUCUUUCCAGACUCUUAGGGUGCUGUGGGGGUGUUGAGGAAAUGCAUCUCAGCUGCGACAUCCUCCCACUAAUGGGCUUACUUGAAAACUUUCUCUUGGUUUAGUGAUGAUCAUGUCAUCAAGGGGAGAAUCAGUGACCUUAUUGAAAUCAAGGAGCUGCAGUAGAAGGACCUUAGCUUAUUCAACUACAUCAGGAAUUCUUUUUUCUUUUUUUAGUGAAUUCAUCUUUUUAGUAGUGUUCUUAAGUGAUAAUUCUUCUUUGGAAAACUUUAGGAAGAAACAAAAUCCUGACAUUUCUAAAUCAAUAAAGUCUUCAAAUCCUAUCUUUCAUACUAACAUAAUGGCACCAAGUUUAAGAAUUUGAAGGUGGCCCACAGAGGAAAUAUUCUUCAUGUGGAGAGAAAGCUUUCUAAACUAGGUAGUAAUUCUCAGAGAGCCCAAGCUGUGUGAUUGGUCACUAUGAGAACAAGUGAAUCGGUAAGUAGUCAGUGAUGGGAUGGGAGGCUGAAUGACUGCCAGCAGGGGUUCGUAGGAUGAGCUAGCUUUCUCUUCCUUCAGUGGAUUCCACGGCUGGAAGGCUGACUAGUCUCUGCAGUAGCACCUGGCUUGCCCCUGCCUCUGCCUGUGGGAAUAUAAUGAGUUCCUCCCCAAGCAUCUUGCAGGCUGAUUCUGCAGGUACAUAAUCCCUUAAACUGGGUGGAAGGUCUCAGAACUUGGCGAUUUGCUGUUCAUCCCUGUUUCAGCUUUAGGACAGAUCGGUAAGACAUAGUAAUGAGAAAUUUUAGUCAAGGACAAAAACUGUUAUGGAAAACUUUAUAAGAGACAGUAUUACCUAGAAGGUUAAGAGUACAUCUCUGGAACAAGAAUCUUUGGGUUCAAGUCUCUGAUAACAGGGAAUGUAGCUCACCUUGGGUAUUUCUUAAUUACCGCAUGUUUCCAUUUCCUGUCUUGUAAAAAGAAGCAUAAAAGUAGUACCUACCUCAUUGAUCUGCAGAGGGGCCUGCGUACAUACAGAGGACUCAGGACACUGCCCCAGAAUGAAGACAUUCAAAUGUUGUUUUAAAUACCCGGCACAGCAGAAAGUUUUCAUCUUAUUUUUAACUCUCUGGUUGUUCUCCCUGUUGAAGCUUCUAAAUGUGAGAAGACUCCUCUUCCCUCAAAGAGACAUUUACUUGGUUGAAUACUCCCUGAGUACCUCACCUUUUGUAAGAAACAGAUACACCAAUGUUAAGAAUGAAGUCAGGUAUGAAGUUAACUGUUCAGGCAUCUAUGAACAGGCACCUUUGGAAAUUGGCAAGAGUCUGGAAAUAAGAAGGAGAGACAUCAUCGACCUGGAUGAUGAGGACGUCGUGGCAAUAACCAGUGAUUGUGACAUUUAUCAGAUGCUGAGGAGGUACCAUCAAAAGCCUGUUUCAAGGGAGGAAAAGAGCUUCCCGAUAGCCUAUUCUUUGGUUGUUCAUAAAGACGCGAUUAUGGUUGAAAGACUAAUCCAUACUAUAUACAACCAGCACAAUAUCUACUGCAUCCACUAUGACCAUAAGUCACCUGAUACCUUCAAAGUUGCCAUGAACAAUUUAGCGAAGUGCUUCUCCAAUGUUUUCAUUGCCUCCAAAAUAGAGACAGUACAAUAUGCACACAUUUCCAGGCUCCAGGCCGAUUUAAAUUGCUUAUCAGACCUCCUCAAGUCUUCGGUUCAGUGGAGAUAUGUUAUCAAUCUGUGUGGGCAAGAUUUUCCUUUGAAGUCCAACUUCGAGUUAGUGUCAGAGCUGAAGAAACUCAAUGGGGCCAAUAUGCUGGAAACAGUAAAACCCCCUAACAGUAAGAUGGAAAGAUUCACUUAUCACCACGAACUAAGACAGGUGCCUUAUGAAUACGUGAAGCUACCAGUAAGGACAAACAUCUCCAAGGAAGCCCCGCCUCAUAACAUUGAGAUCUUUGUUGGCAGUGCUUAUUUUGUUUUAAGUCGAGCGUUUGUUAAAUAUAUUUUCAACAACUCCCUCGUUAAAGACUUUUUUGCCUGGUCUAAAGAUACAUACUCACCGGAUGAACAUUUUUGGGCCACCUUAAUUCGGGUACCAGGAAUCCCUGGGGAGAUUUCUAGGUCAGCCCAGGAUGUGUCUGACUUACAGAGUAAGACCCGCCUUGUCAAGUGGAAUUAUCACGAAGGCCUCUUGUAUCCGCGUUGCACUGGCUCCCACCUUCGAAGUGUGUGUAUCUACGGAGCAGCGGAAUUAAGGUGGCUUAUAAGUGAUGGACAUUGGUUUGCUAAUAAAUUUGAUUCGAAGGUGGACCCUGUCUUGAUUAAAUGCCUGGCAGAAAAGCUUGAAGAACAGCAGAGAGAAUGGAUUACUUUGUCCUCAAAAAAGUUAUUUAUGGCUAAAAAUCCCAUAAUCACAUCAUGAUAAAAUCAUGAUAGAAAUAAGGUGUCAGAUAAAUGGAGCCAACAGGGAAUUGUGUGCUGUACUAUGCCCAGUACCAUUUGAGCUUAACCUUCUCAUAGUUUGAGAGGUGUCCAAAAUCCAACAUAUAAGGCAAAAGGACCUAGACUUUGGUGACAAUUAACCUGCCCUUGUUUUUUAUGUUUGUUUUAUGUUUGUUUUUCCUUGUAGUCUUAUGGAACUAAACCAGAGAUCUGAAACAGUCAAUCAUCAGAUACUUAACUGACUUCCAACUGUAUGCGAGGUACUUUUUCAGAAGUGUGUAGGAAAUUAAAGGCAAGUUGUAAUGAAUUAUACGAUGCCUUCAAGGCUUAUCCUAGUCACACUUCAUAUCUUAAGUUUUCCACAUAGUGAUCAGGAUUCUACUGAAAAGAUGUUGGUGUGUGCGAAAAUCCCAUAACUUUUUAAACACCAAUUUCAGAGAAGUGUUUUAGUGACCAGCUCUCUGCUUGUCUCUUAAUUCAGCUCCCCAAACUUUUCUUAACCAUUAGAAUAUUUGAAGGAGAGAGGCACCUGGGUAGCUCAGUCAGUUGAAUGCCUGACUUUGGCUCAGGUCAUGAGCUCACGGU